CAUUGAGCGAAGGGGUAUAUAAUUGUCCAAGGGCUCCCUCAUUUUUAGAAGGCCACCCUCACCACCACCACUUUCACUUACACCAAUACUCUCACUUACACUUUCCUUUCGACUUUCCUUUCAACUUCCAAAUCAACUUCCAAUUCAACUUUCAAUUCAAAUCUCAUUUUCGGUUUCAUUAAGAACUUCUUCCUUACCUUUCAAUCUAUACCACUCAACAAAAUGCAAAUCACAAAGUUCCUCGCGGUCGCUCUUCUCGCAAAUGGGUAAUUACUACCUCCAAACCACAAGCUAGGGAUACGAAAGAAAGAAAAUUAACACAUUUCGAUAGUGUCGUGGCAGACUUGACAUUUAGAGCAAUCUGCACUAUGCUUGAUAUGAAUUUCGUACAAGCGGUAAGAUUUCUCAUAUACCCAAAGGACUAAGUCCAAACUCAACAUGAACACCACAAUUCCUAACACCAUGCUCUAGUAUGUCAACGACAAGAACACCACUACCAUCGCAUGCAACAGAUACAAGGAGCGAAACACCGGUGAUAAGCAACAUGACAAAUGCCCUGAUUGCUUCAUGGACACAAACGGAGUCUCUGAAUUCUGCCACAGCCCAGGCGAGCACAUCGGUGAAAAGGAGGUAAAUAUGAUUCAGUUUUUGUCUUUAUUUCCACUUUACAAAGACCGGAGCUGACUUUGCUUUCGAAAUAGUGGGGUCAAUACUGCGAAGAAGCAGGUGCUGAUAGCAACUUCUCUCAAGGAAAAUAAAUGUCUCUUCAGGCUCUUUGAUGUUGAGACGAGCGGUAUGCCGGAGAAUGCCAUUUUAUGAUUAACGAGUUUGAUAUUGUUGAAUUGAGCCAUGAUUUUUGGGUUAUCAUGAGCAUUUGAGGAUUUGUCAGGUGGCAACAUGCGAUGAUGUAUGUUC